GGAUGAGGAAACAUGAGGUUGACUUCAAGGUGUCCCUGUCAAAAAUGUUUUUGACAUUUCUCUUAAAGUUUACAAGUAACCUCAUUUCACUAUAGCACGAUUGGCAAUUUUGAUAUAAAAAUCGCGGAGUUGGCAAAGUUUUAUCCGCUUAAUCAUGGUUGCCCAACGUAAUUCACGAAAUCGGAAGUAUUUAACUUCGCCGUGAUUGGGUCUGGUUAUGGCUUAUGACGAAGAAUGGCUCUCAAGAUUGUUUAAGCGAAAAUGCAAAAGACAACUUCCGAUGGCGAGGUGCCACGACACGAAGUGUAGCAUUAACAAUGAAGCCAGUAGAAAUGAUGUGAAUAGAUGUCACGCCGACAACGUUUCGAGUGUGAUGUCACCGAGCAGCAAAGGCACGGACGAGACUGUAAACGAUGCGUUGUUGGAGAAGCUCCGAAAUUGCGUGUCCAAGCCACAGGAGGUCGAUACAUUCAGAAACAUCGCAGCUAAGAUACAUGCUCGGGUCACAUCCACAGGUAACCCACAUCGACGAUUGCGCGAACGCACGCUGGACAAAUUAUGGCGCAAGAAUUCCGGUGCGAUGGAAAUAUUCAUCGCAACAUUGGAGAAUUGCAAGGAUCACGUGAUAAACUACAGCAUCGCCAGCAUACUACACGAGUGCAUAUCACCCCGUAACGCGAAGGGGAAGACCAAAGGGAACAAGAACAAAAGUGCCACAAUAUCCAGCAGCCGAAUGGCAGUGAUGCAGCUGAUCAAUUUAGGAAUCACGCAAGCUCUAAUUAAACUUUUAGUUAAUCUGCAACACACGGACAGUAUUUCGAGCGAGGCCCUCACGCGAGAGGUGCUUUGGCUUUUGGGUCAGAUAGCCCAAAGGGACCAGAAGUUCGUGUUAAAAAUAAAGAUACUUAAUACCAUUAAAGUGUUCCACACGCUCUUGAAGCAACAUUACAAUAAUAGCAAAACGUUGUUGCCUUUGUUGUUGAUCAUCAAAUGUCUCGCCAGAAAUUCAUUCUCGCUUCAGGUAUUGAUGAAGGACGGUAUCGCUUCCACGUUGGAGAAAACAUUCGUCGGUAUCGGUUACAUGCCUCACCUGAAACUCAAAUCGUUGUUAGAAUGUUUGAAAUAUUUCACAGCGAGCAAAGUUUGUUGCAUGAAAUUCGUGAAGGUUGGUCUGGUACAUCUGUUGAUGAGGAUCUUCGAGAGAUGGGAUCGAUUCGACGGGCCGAUGAGACUGAAGAUUUGCAAUUCCACUUUGAUCACGUUACAGCACUUAUGCGUCAUAAAGGCCGGCAGGAAGGCUAUCAAGUUGAACAAUGGUUUGCAACUAAUGUACCGGUUCUGCAACAAUUGCCCGGAGGAUAAGUCAUACGAUUCGUUGCUGUCGCGUAUUUGCGGGAUAAUCAAUCAAUGUCUGGAGAAGAAGGAGCUGCCGGUGCCCGAAAUGUCUCCGGCAAGAUUCGUGUUGCCGAACGAAACGAACAGGCCCAACAGCGUUGAGAGUGGUAGCGACAUCGACAGUCAGCCCUGCAGUGUCGCCUCUCUUGGACGAAUGUACAGCGACCUUGAUUCGGGCGACGAAGAAGAAAGCCAGCAUUCAAGGACGAAUGCGAAAACCAUGAACGCGACCGACGAAGUGGACGAGAGCAAGUUCUUUGCCGGUGUAUUCACGUCUCAAAGAUCGGAGGAGGAGUUGGCCGAAUACAACGUUUUUUUCAAAGAAUUGGACAACCUUGGACAUUAUCAAAUAUGCGGCGGAAGUUUAUCGAUGGAGAUCAUGGACGCGAUCGAUUCGAAGGGGUGUAGCAAAACAAAGCUAAGGGAUUUGUUGAAAGAGGGGAUAUCGAAGACGAGCCAAAUGACGAACAGCGAGACAACGAUCAAAAUAUUCAAAGAUAUUUCGAUUUUGACGGAUCAACAGGCUUAUUGCGUGAUAGCGAGCAGGGUGAAAAGCGUUAUCGGUUUCGUGAAGGUUGCUUACCCGGAUCUGAUCGGUGGCGACGGCCUCGGAAAGGACGAGCCCUUGAACAGCAAGGACAGAAGGGUCUGCCGUUCGAAACUUCUCACCUGCGUGGAGCGUGGCCUCCACGGUAGCCUGUUGACGCCGGAAGUGGUGUACGAUCUCGACGCCAUAACUUCGUCCAGCCAUAAUAACGCGUCGUCCACGGAAGAGCAGAAACUGAUCGACCAUCAUUUGUGCAACUGGGAUGAGAACAGGAUAGGAAAGCGUUCCUUCGACAACAAACACUUGCACUUCGAGUCCAGAUUCGAGAGCGGGAACCUGAGAAAAGUUAUUCAGAUAGGCGUGAGAGAGUACGAUCUGAUCUUGACGCCGGACGUGAACAGCGGUUCCAGGCACCAAUGGUUCUAUUUCGAGGUGUCGAACAUGGAGGCGUUGGCGUAUACGUUUAACAUUAUCAACUGCGAGAAAGCGAAUUCGCAGUUCAAUUUCGGGAUGAAACCGAUCCUGUUCAGCGUUGCGGAGGCACAGCUGGGCAGGCCAGGUUGGGUGAGAACCGGGGCGGACAUCUGCUAUUAUCGAAAUUGUUAUCAACGGCCGGCCAAGGGGAAGAAUUAUCUCACUACCUCGUUCACCGUCACUUUCCCUCACGCGUACGACGUCUGUUACCUGGCCUACCAUUUCCCUUACACGUACAGCCUGUUGAUGACCAAUAUCUGGAAGUGGAGCAAGAGGGUGCCGCCCAAUACGUAUUUCAGAGCGGAGACCCUUUGCGAGACGUUGAACGGCAAUGACAAUCCUCUGCUCACUAUCACGUCUCUGGAUUCCAAGAGCAAUCCCAUACAGAAUCGCAAGGUGAUAUUUCUGACAUCGAGGGUUCAUCCGGGCGAGAGCAACGCAUCGUGGGUGAUGAACGGUACCUUGGAGGCGUUGCUGGGUAACAAUCCUUACGUGACGAGCUUACGCGACGAUUACAUAUUCAAAAUCGUGCCGAUGUUGAACAUCGAGGGUGUGGUGAACGGUUGUAAUCGAUACGGAUUGACGAACGAAGAUCUGAACAGGCGGUGGAGCAAUCCGAAUCAGGUUCUCCAUCCUGUGAUCUAUCACACGAAGGGUCUGAUGGAGUACUGCACGAGGGUGUUGCAAAGGCCUCCCUAUGUUUUCGUCGACUAUCACGGCCAUUCACGGAGGAAGAAUGUGUUUCUGUUCGGUUGCUCAAGGUCGGGUUCUUGGAGUGCCGCGGACAGGGCGAAACCGGACCAGCCGUCUCAGUAUUUGACGUUGCCGUAUCUCAUGCAAAAAAUAUCUCCAGCGUUCGCAUUGCCACUGUGCUCGUUCAAGGUCGAGAGGCACAAGGAGUCCACGGCUAGGGUAGCCAUAUGGCGGCAGUUAGGUGUUUCGAGAAGUUACACGAUGGAGAGCAGUUUCUGCGGAUGCGACCAGGGAGUGCUGGCGGGUAUGCAUCUGGACACGAAACACUUGAAGGCCAUCGGCCAGGAUUUCUGUCAGGCUCUGUCAAUGAUGAAGGAUUAUACCGAGAAUUGGAGUCUUGACAAGAUACCUAUGGGAGAAGGUAUUCCCGAGGAGUCAGGAUGUAUGGAAGAUGACAUUUCGUCUAGCUGCGAGUCAGAGGAAUCUGAUUUUGAGACUUAAACAAAUUUUAAUUUAUAGAUUCGACAACGAUAUCGACGAUUCGUAGUUUCUUUAUAAAUAGAUCGGAAGGUUUGUACAGGUUUUUGACUGCGAAAUAAAAAAGAAAAAAAAAAAAACGAAAGAACACCGGACAAAAGAUUCUGUACACUUUAAAGAAUUUUUAUUUAAAACUCGUAACAAAUAUCAAGCUAUUUCCUACGAAGAACUUAUCUAAGAAAUUAAAGCCCCCUUUUCCAUUGUAUAUAUAAUUUCAAAAAUGAAUGCCUCGCUUGCCACAAAUGUAAAUUGAAACUUCUAUUAAAUUUGAGCAUCUUAAACGUGCGAGAAAUCUCACCAUGCGUAGAAGGUGCGCCCGCUCCUAGAAUUUCGUUGGAUAAAGCAACGAUUAACGCCAAGAACAAACCAAGGAGAAUUCAUUAAUUUUGAAAUUAAAUGGCGUGAACAAUUAAUAAAAGAA